CUCCACACACUGAGUGACAGAAUGAUGAAGACCCAUGCAAAGCAACUUCAAAGGCUUCCUUCAGCAGCUUGCCACCACACUGUCAUGCUCCACGACUGACUACAUCCGUGCAUCUGACAAGAUUGCUGUAAUUACAGAAGAGUCAGUGUUUCGAGAGACAGUGCGCCUGGAUUAGACAACAGUUUGGGCUUGGGACAAAAUCUUGGGAGGAGAUCUGUGGCGAGUCAGGUGCUGCUGCUCACACAGAGUCCAGAUUCAGACUACAGAGAGCAGCGCAGAGGAGGUCACAACGGGCGGUGACACCUCUGAAUGUGGACCGACCUGGUCUCCAACGGACAGAAGUGGACUGAACGAGACUACCUCGUACGCUCCCCCGUCAGCUUCUUCAGAUUCAUCCCACCAAAGUUUAGAUGAAGGCAGUACGAGCUCCAGCCGUGGCCCAACACUACCCCGAGUGACCGCAGCUCCUCCUUGCGCAGCCGUGGAGGAACACCCAGAUUCAGAAGGACUCCGGGGUCCGCUGGGGCCUCUCACACACAUCCUGUACAGACUCCACUGACUGAUCGCACCGCAACAAGUUGCUCCUCUGCGACCACAACCUCUGUUGCCUCUGUGAUUGUAGCAGUGGUUGAAGGGCGUGGUUUGGCCAGGGGAGAGAUUGGUAUGGCCAGUCUCAAUUUGAAAUGUCCAGAGCUUGUACUCUCUCAGUUUGCAGACACUGGGACGUAUGCCAAGGUAACCCAUUCACUUUAUUGGCUAGCAAUAAUCACUCAGCACUCGGAAAAGACUCUGAAAUACAGCAAACUCAUGUCACAGUCAUAUAUUACUCUUCUGAAGGUCGUAACCAAGAUUCACAUCUUGCUGCCACUGGAAAUACUGAUGCCAGACACAGCUAGUGAGAAGGGGAAAGGCACCAAGCUGUUCAACCUCAUCACUGAAAACUUCCCGGGUGUAUCUUUCACUGCAAUCCAAAGGAAGUAUUUUAAUGAGAGAAAAGGACUGGAGUACAUUCAGCAGCUGUGUGCUCCAGAAUUUGGCACCGUCCUCAUGGAAGUGCAAGCAAAAUAUUAUUGCCUAGCAGCUGCAGCUGCUUUGCUGAAAUACUUAGAGUUCAUCCAGAACUCGGUCUACGCUGCCAAGUCUCUUAAAGUGAGCUUUACAGGGAGUGAACAGACAGCCAUGAUUGACUCAGCAUCUGCCACUAACUUGGAGUUGGUGGUAAAUAGUAGAGACCACAGAAGUGAACAUACUCUUUUAGGUGUACUUAACCACACAAAAACACCUGGUGGCGCUAGAAGACUGCGCUCCAAUAUUUUGGAGCCCCUGGUUGAUGUGGACACCAUCAACAUACGAAUGGACACCAUACAAGAGCUGCUACGGGACGAGGAGCUCUUCUUUGGCCUGAAGAAUGCCAUUGGCCAUUUCCUUGACAUUGACCAGCUGCUCUCUGUUCUUGUCCAAAUCCCAAAGCAGGAAACAGUUCAGGUUGCUGAAGCAAAGAUUACACAUGUCAUUCAGCUGAAACACACUUUGGAUCUGGUGCCAAGGUUAAGGAUGGUGUUGAAGAACUGCAACACAGCCCUACUUAAAGCAUACAGCACUUCACUGGAAGACACCAGGUUUGACUUGAUCCUAGAGCAGAUCAAGACAGUGAUUAAUGAUGACUCUACAUACCUGAAGGGGAGUCUGAACAUGCGGACCCAGAAGUGUUAUGCCGUGCGCCCUAAUGUCAACGAGUUCCUCGACAUUGCCCGGAGAGCUUACACCGAAAUAGUGGAUGACAUUGCAGGGCUAGUGAACCAAAUGGGUGAGAAAUAUGGCUUGCCAAUGCGUACCAGCUUCAGCACAGCUCGAGGUUUCUUCAUCCAGAUGAAGCUUGAAGGAGCGGUUUUGCCUGAAGGGAAACUCCCCUCAGAGUUCAUCAAGGUUACCAAGCACAAGAACAACUAUGGCUUCACCACUGCAGACCUGAUGAAGAUGAAUGACCGCUGUGACGAGGCCCUGAGGGAGAUCUUUCACAUGUCCUAUGUGGUGAUAUGUCAGCUGCUGAGCACUGUCCAUGAGCACAUCCACUGCCUUUACAAGCUCUCUGAUGCCGUAUCCAUGCUGGACAUGUUGCUAUCACUUGCAAAUGCAUGCACUAUCUCAGACUAUGUGCGUCCAGAGUUCACAGACACACUGGCAAUCAAGCAGGGUCGUCACCCCAUUCUGGAGCGAAUAGCUGGACAGCAGCCUGUAUCGAACAAUAGCUACAUCUCCGAGGGCAGCAACUUUGUCAUCAUAACUGGACCCAACAUGAGUGGCAAAUCCACCUACCUGAAACAGGUGGCGCUGUGUCAGGUCAUGGCUCAGAUAGGCUCUUUUGUCCCUGCCGAGUACGCCUCUUUUCGUGUUGCUGAUCAGAUUUUCACCAGAAUUGGUGUGGAUGAUGAUUUUGAAACUAACUGUUCUACGUUCAUGUUGGAAAUGAAGGAGAUCUCUUACAUAAUCCACAAUGUAAGUGACAGGUCCCUAAUCAUCAUAGACGAGUUGGGGCGCGGUACCAGUGCUGAGGAGGGCAUUGGCAUCUGUCACUCAGUUUGUGAGUUCCUCCUUAGCCUCAAGGCGUUCACCCUGUUUGCCACACACUUUCUUGAGCUGUGCCAACUGGAAUCUCUUUAUCCUAAUGUGGAGAACCAGCACAUGGAGGUUCAGCACACACGCAGUGGUGACACUGGUACUGAGAGUGUGGUGUAUACAUACUUGCUGAAUCGAGGAUGCUCUGAGGAAAGACACUAUGGUCUGAGAGUAGCAGAAAUGACUGCCCUUCCUUCAAGAUUAAUCCAAGAGGCAACGAUAAUUGCCUCCAGUGUUAGCCAGCAGCUCUUGACCAAACAUCACAGUGAUCUGGAAACACAGAGGCAGAGAGCUGUGUACCACCUGGCCACCCGCCUCCUGCAGGCUGCCAGGAACUCCAGACUGGACCCUGACAGCCUGCGUAUGUAUCUGAAAGGCCUGAGGAAGCAGUAUGAGGCAGAGCUGCAGGCAGCAGGGCAGCCAGCGUCCAUGGACACAGAGGAGGAGUGACUGACUCAGCCUUACAGUGGGGAGGGGCAGUGAAACACUUAGAAAAAUUAAAGAUAAGUGUCUGAUGACCAUUACUGGGCAAAUUCUGUUUAAACAUUGGCUUGAUUUGAAAUACAUUUCUUUGAAACACA